GUCACCUUCCCUCGCUCCCGGCUUCCACAGGCGUCACAAAUUCAAUCAACCCCCAUCCGAAAAAAAAAAAAAAUCUCGAAUAUGGCAACCCUCUUCGCGGCCUCCGCUGUCCUCUCCACCGCCACAACCGCAGGCGCCGCCAGCACCGCUACGACCUCCUCAGCCCCUCCCAGACCUUUAAUCAAACCCCACUUCACUCCCCCCAAACCUCUCUCCACCACCCUCGCCGCCACCGCCGCCGCGGCCUCACUCCUCCUCUCCUCCCCCUCCCCUUCCCUCGCCGACUCUCCCACCUUCCACCUCUACUACGGCACCGCCGCUAGUGCCGCCAACUACGGUGGCUACGGCGGCAACGAGAGCAAGAAGGACUCGGCGGAGUAUAUCUACGAGGUCCCCGACGGUUGGAAGGAGCGGCUCAUCUCCAAAGUGGAGAAGGGCACCAACGGCACCGACAGCGAGUUCUACAACCCCAAGAAGCGCGCCGAGCGCGUGUACCUCACCUUCCUCGCUGGCUUCCCCGGCCUCGCCCCAGUCGACGCCGUCCUCUCCAACCUGGCCCUCUCCGACGUCGACCUCCAGGACCAGAUCGCCGGCGCCGAGGCGGUGCGGUCGGAGGAGCGGCGGGACGACAAGGGCCAGCUCUAUUACGCCUACGAGAUCGAGGGAGCCGGGGCCCACAGCCUGGUCUCGGUUACGUGCGCCCGGAACAAGCUGUACGCCCACUUCGUAAGCGCGCCCAAUCCGGAGUGGAAUCGGGAUCAGGAUACCCUCCGCCGGCUCCACGAGUCCUUCAAGACCGUCGACCCGGCUCCUUCUUCCUAGUUGUUCCUCGUCCGUGUGUUCGUUUUGCUGGAGGGGAGGUUAUUAUAUAUGAAAGACGUGAGCAAGAACAAAUGAGAUUAGGCUUCAUUUCAAGUUCUUUUGUGGUGUGCUGUGUUUAUCUUAUGCAAGAGAUAGAGAUACUCGCUUAAAUAAGAUGAUCAAGUGCCCUAAACAUGCUCUCAUCUUGCAUUUUGGAACUAAAAUACUUCGUAGAAUCGAGGAGGUUAAAAAGGAU